GUCCCUGCCGCCUUCAUAUCGCAGCGGGCGUCAACGUCCGUCUAUCGCGCCUUCUUCUGGUGUGUGUGUGUGUGUGUUUGCGUGUGUGUGUGUGCGUGUGCAAUCGCCGGUGAUACUUCGGAGCUCGCAGACAACUUCUCCCUGCCUCUCUCCGUCUCCCUCGCUCAGUCACUCGUGUGUUACUCUACUUGAAAGUGAUCAUAUCGUCGUUAUUUUGGGGUUGGAUAAUUUCGUGAUCCGGUAGUAGUGGUAGUAUUUGUGGCGUGAUAUCUCUCUUCAGCAGAAUUAUUCUACUUCCUUGACGUCCUGAAUCCCGAGCUUUGAUCACAGAAGAGUAAAUUGAUUGCCACUGCUGCUCGAGAUUUGAUUGACAUCAUCUUCAAACCCAAAAAAACAAGAUGUCAGGACUUGUAAAAGCCAAGAAGUAUGACUGGAAAGAUUCAAAUUUGGCCUUGUUUGGAUCAGAUGUAGAGAAAAAUGUAAAGAAGGAAUCGGCAGAACAAGAACCAGCGUGGAAAAAUGCUGGCAGUCAAGUGGGAAUACAGAUCUGGAGAAUUGUGAAAUUCAAGGUUCAGCCAUGGCCCAAAGAGGAUUACGGAAAGUUCUUCGAAGGAGAUUCAUACAUCAUUCUGAACACAUACAAGGAACAAGAUACAGAUCAACUGUUGUAUGAUGUACAUUUCUGGAUUGGGCGUCACAGCACACAGGACGAGUACGGCACAGCUGCCUACAAGACAGUAGAGCUGGACACCCUUCUGGAUGACGUCCCAGUUCAACACAGAGAAGUUCAAGGACACGAGUCGGAAUUAUUCAAAUCCUACUUCAAAUCCAUCACAAUAAUGAAGGGUGGAGCGGAGACAGGCUUCCGCCAUGUCAAACCUGAGGAGUACAAGCAACGACUGCUGCAGAUAACUGGAAACAAACAAUCUGUCACAGUCACAGAGGUUCCUUUGAACAAAAACAGAGUAACUGCAAAGGAUGUGUUUGUGUUAGACAAUGGCCUUGAAAUAUUCCAGUGGAACGGGGAAGAGUGUGCAAAGGAAGAGAAAUACAAGGCUGUCCAAGUUGUUCAACAAAUCAGAUCUGAGAGGGGAGGAAAACCAAGUGUCGAAGUUUUUGAUCAAAACUCUGAUGAUGGAUCAACGUUUUUCGACCACUUCAAUGAUAAUGAGGAUGAUGAUGAUGAUGACUCUGAAUAUGAAGACAACGAUAACAAGACUCCUGAGCUUUACAGGUUGAGUGAUUCAUCUGGUGAGUUUGAGUUUGAGAGGACAAAAGAGGGACGUGUGUUCAAAGAUGACUUCUCCAGCAAGGAUGUGUUCAUCUUCGACAACAAGAAGGAGGUCUUUGUUUGGAUUGGCAAGAGUGCAUCAAAGUCUGAAAACCAGAAUGCAUUGUCAUAUGCACAUAAAUAUCUUCAAGGCACUCAGCACCCACUGUUGCCAAUCACCUGUGUCAAAGAAGGCAAAGAGAACAAAUUCUUCAGGUCUGCAAUAGCGGCUUAAUUAAUUGCCUUACCGUGGUGCAAGGUCUGUGGGCAGAAACCGCAUCAGUCACGGACAAACGGGCUCAAGAUGAGGAUUCUGAUCACAGAGCAAACCAUGUCAUGUUUUGUGCUCUACUUAGAUCAACUCGUAAUGUUUUUUUUUUUUUUUUUUUUAUAUGUUAUCGCAAAGAUCUGUUUACUUCAGUGACUCAUGGUAGUACACAAGGUGCUUCACAUUUUGGUUAAACAAAGGUUGAGAAAGCGGUUCAGGAAGGUAUAUCGAUCAUAUAAUCUGACUGCUUGCGACAAAGUAUGAGCUUGUGUGAGUGGAGUACUCAGGACUGAUGUGUGUGCAAAUGAUUCGUCAUGUUACUUUUUCAAGUUGUUGUCUACAAUUUCUUCUCUAUUUUAUGUCGUUGGUGUUGUUAGCAGUCUGCAUAACUGAAAAAAAAAAACCCAGGAAUUUUAUAGAAGUCUCAAAAUCUUUUUCUUGUGGUUAAAAUCCUGUGCAUAAUCUUAUGUUCAUAGCCAAUAGCAGAGCAGUCACCAAGAUAGAAAGCAGUGUCCAGCGAGAUCAGUGAAAAUUGUUUGCAAAAAAAUUUUUAAAGAUAAUAUACUAUUGGAAACACUGAAUUCAGAUCUAGUUGCAGUUUAUACGGGUUAAAAUCACUAAAUAUUGAAGGGAUAGGUAAAUGUUUGUGUCAAAAUUUUGAAAUUGUUCAUAACAAAAUGGGCUGCUAUUUCUCAAGUUACACAGAUUGUAUGCAACACUGACAGCAUCAAAUGUAAGGUUCCUGUCUCCACUGUCAUUGUGAUAAUGCAGAUUUCUUCUUCCAAACUAACUUGAGUACUUUUACAAAUCCCAUACAAUGUAAACAGCUGAUAUAAUGGUAUGGCAUUUGUUUUAUUUUAAUUCUAUCUUAGAUCGUUUUUAUUCAAAACAUUAUAAAUGGAAGCUACAGUUUAAGUAAUAUGGACUUUCAAAGUGUUGAAAAUACUUAGUUCUCCCCAAAGAUUUGGUAUUUUUGAUUUUCUCAAAAUUGUUUGAAAAAAUUGUGUAAGUACAUUAUAUGAGUUUGAAAAACGUACUUAUUUCUCAAAGAGUAUAUAAAGUUUCAAACAUAGAAGUCAUAUAUGGGUACUACAAGCUCCAGAAAGAAAACUGUUGUCCAAAUUAAGAAAAUUUCAACAUAUCUCAGCUGAUUUCCAAGAGUGUCAUUGAAUACGUGUUUAAAAUCUUUUGUCUGCCAUGGUAUAAACAGAAACGCACAUGAAAUGGCUGAAAUGUGAUUAAUACAAGGCUUUUGAUUCUCCUUCUAGUUAAUCUCACCCAAACUAUUGCAUUGUAUAGUGGAAAUCUUUGUUUUCUCAAAGUCAGCUUUAGAAAGUGCAAUUAUUAUGUUAUGCGAGAGUAAGUGUUACGAAUAUGAGCUCUUCAGUGUCAUUUCAAAAUUACUAGAACCUAUGAUCUGCAAUGGUUUAAAUUUUAAUCACAAUUGUGCUUUGAUAUUUAUUUUUCUCAGUUGUCUCAAUUAUACUUAUAGAGGUAGGCCUAUAUUUUAUGAAACUUUUGCUUCAUUUAUUAUUUAACAAUGCUGUAAUUUAAAUAAAGAACCAAGUUAUUUGAGGAAACUGAACUGCAUGUUUAUAAAUACAAAAUGCGUUAAAAAUAUUCUUUAUCAUAUUAUACAUAAUAAUCAGUUACUUUGUGUUGUGUCUUUGAAGAAAAAUAAGAACCUUCUGGCAACUUCCCCUAAGUUUUAGCAGGCGAAAACAUUAGAGAACAAAAAGAAAGAAGAAAGCAACAAUAGAUUUUAUCAGCUUCAUUCUCAUCGAACCUGUUCUUUUUUCAAAUUAAAAGCAUGCAAUUGGAGAAAACAUCAAACAUUUGAGACUCAUUUUUUCGCGUAUGUAUCUUGAGUGAUAGUAACAUUUAAAACAGCUUUGCUUUAUAAUAAUCAAUAUAUGUACACUUUACUCAGCAAGUUAAUUUUAAGAAAAGGAAAGAUGUGAUCUCUUUGCCUACAUGCACUACACAAACAUAAGCCCUUUUUGUGUAGGGACUGUUUGUUAAACGUGCUACAAAAGCAAAAACCCACUUCUCCCUUUUACGAUGGUCAAAUUCACUAUUAUAUGGUACAUUUUCAUAUAAUUUCUAUGUUUUGAGCAUGCUCAUCAGAACGUAGUUUAUCUGUUCAGUCCAAGGGUACGGUACGUAUAAUGUAUUUAUUUUCCAAAGAGUCUUUAGCUAGAUUAGAUGAUAAUAUUAAUAUAUAUGUCACAGCUAUCUCAUGGUCAUGUUUUUCAUGCUACUUUUAUACUUAAAACGAACAUUGUUUCUUCUUUCUGAAAUUUAUUUUGAGAAAACAUCAAUAAAAAAGUUUAAAAGUCUGAUAAAA